AUGGCACCUAGAGAAGAUUCUCCAUACAUUACAUUGGGUAUUUCAUCUACUUCAGAUGAUGUUGAGAUUAAAAAAGCGUACCGAAAAUUAGCCUUAAAAUGGCACCCCGACAAGCAUACAGACGACAAAUCAAAAGAAGAAGCCGAACAAAAGUUCAAGAAAAUUGCACAAGCUUACGAGAUUUUAACAGAUAAAAAAAAGCGCGCCGACCUGGACCGAACCGAAAAUCCAGGGCUCCACCGUCGCCGCAGUACCCCUGGAGGCAUGCACCGAAUGCACAGUCACGAUAUGUUCCGAUCACCUUUUGAUAUUUUUCGCGAGUUCUUCGGCAACCGGGAUCCAUUUGAGAACGUGUUUUUCGACGACGCGUUCACAUUUCCCGACGUCGAUUCGUACGCGUUCAAGCAUCCACCACGGUCCGCUGAUUUCACAACGAAGAAUCAUUAUCAUCGAUUCCCGUCAAGUCGAGUGCACAUUUUUUACGACGAGAACAAGAACACCAAGGAGAGAGACGACAAAAACACAUUUUCGACUGUAAUCCGAUUCUCAAGUCCCACGGAACCUGGAAAGAACGCAACAGUACGAAAAACAUCAACUUCUACAAAACUAGUUGAUGGAAAGAAAAUUGUAACGAAAACAGUUGAAAAUGGCGAUGAACAUAUUGUUGAGGUUCAUGAAGACGGAGAACUAAAAUGCCGAACAGUAACAACACCGCCAACAUCCCCAACAGUAACAGUGGCCGCCAUCUGAACCCCCCCCCCCCCCCUAGUUGUUGGGUACCACCUAUCUUUAAACACUUAUAUCCCUGCAGUAAAAAAAUAUAUCAAAAAAUUGACAACUAGCAAAAUACUCUAUAAGUAAAACUCUAUAUUUUGUUAGUUGCCAAAAUUUUGAUACAUCUUUUUUCCGCUGAGAUAUAAGGGUUUUUAUUGUAUUUUCUAGUCAUUUUUUCUUCGUUUCAUUUUAAUUGAUUAUUAAUCGAUUUUUUUUUACAAAUUGAUUAAAUUUUUCCAUUGGGUAUCACACAAUUUUUCUUCCAAAUCCGAUCAUGUCUUUUUUCUUUCAACUUCCUCUUUUCUUGUCUUAUUUAAAUUUACUUAAAAAUCCCACCUAAAGUUCGCUCUUUCACACAACACAAAUUUCCUAAUUUUUUUUUUGAUUUUUUCCCCAAAUUGUCUCGGAAAAAGUAUUAUGAAUCGAAUUCUGUCAUGUACAUAAUGUGGUUUCCUCAUAUAAUACUGCGUAGGUAUUUUAGUUUUUUUGGUUUUAUUUCAAUUUUUUGAAAUGAAUACUUUACUAUUA